GGAUUGGCGCUCUUUGAUUGGCUAUUGGACGGUGCCGUGGAGUGACGUACAGGUGUGCUGACCAAUCGGCUGAGAGCUGAGCUGGACUUGGCGGUGGGAGCCGAAGCAGGACUCUUCCAGCUGUUGGUGCGCCCUGCUUCGGCCAGACUAUGGCAACGUAUCUAGAGUUUAUUCAGAAGAAUGAAGAACAGGAUGGUGUGCGUUUUAGUUGGAACGUGUGGCCUUCUAGUCGUCUUGAGGCUACGAGAAUGGUUGUCCCCCUGGCUUGUCUCUUUACUCCUUUAAAAGAACGUCCGGACCUGCCUCCUGUGCAGUAUGAACCUGUGCUUUGCAGCAGGCCAACUUGCAAAGCCAUUCUCAAUCCACUAUGUCAGGUUGAUUAUCGAGCAAAGCUUUGGGCCUGCAAUUUCUGUUUCCAAAGAAAUCAGUUUCCUCCAGCUUAUACAGGCAUAACUGAGGUGAAUCAACCUGCUGAAUUGAUGCCUCACUUUUCUACGAUUGAGUACGUGAUACAGCGAGGUGCUCAGUCCCCUCUGAUCUUCCUCUAUGUGGUUGACACAUGCCUGGAGGAGGAUGACCUUCAAGCCCUCAAAGAGUCCCUACAGAUGUCCCUGAGUCUCCUCCCUCCAGACGCUCUGGUGGGCCUGAUCACGUUUGGGAGGAUGGUGCAGGUUCACGAACUAAGCUACGAAGGAAUCUCCAAAAGUUAUGUCUUUCGAGGAACCAAGGAUUUAACUGCAAAGCAAAUUCAGGAUAUGCUGGGCCUUACCAAGCCAGCCAUGCCCACGCAGCAAGCAAGACCUGCUCAACCACAGGAACACCCUUUUGUUUCCAGCAGAUUUCUGCAGCCUGUUCACAAGAUUGACAUGAACCUCACUGAUCUUCUUGGGGAGUUGCAAAGGGACCCAUGGCCAGUAACUCAGGGGAAAAGACCUCUGCGAUCCACUGGUGUUGCUUUGUCCAUUGCUGUUGGCUUGUUGGAGGGCACUUUUCCAAACACAGGAGCCAGGAUCAUGUUGUUCACUGGAGGUCCCCCCACUCAAGGGCCUGGCAUGGUGGUUGGAGAUGAAUUAAAGACUCCUAUUCGUUCCUGGCAUGAUAUUGAAAAAGACAAUGCACGUUUCAUGAAAAAGGCAACCAAGCACUAUGAGAUGCUUGCUAAUCGAGCUGCUGCAAACGGUCACUGCGUUGAUAUUUAUGCUUGUGCCCUUGAUCAAACUGGACUUUUGGAGAUGAAGUGUUGCACAAAUCUUACUGGAGGUCACAUGGUAAUGGGAGAUUCGUUCAACACUUCUCUCUUCAAGCAGACAUUCCAAAGAAUAUUUAGUAAAGAUUUUAAUGGAAAUUUCCGAAUGGCAUUUGGUGCUACUUUGGAAGUAAAGACCUCUCGGGAACUGAAGAUCGCAGGAGCCAUUGGUCCAUGUGUAUCUCUGAAUGUGAAAGGACCAUGUGUGUCAGAAAACGAGCUCGGUGUCGGUGGUACGAGUCAGUGGAAGGUCUGUGGCCUGGAUCCCACAUCAACGCUCGGCGUCUACUUCGAAGUAGUCAACCAGCACAAUGCCCCGAUCCCCCAAGGAGGCAGAGGAGCCAUCCAGUUUGUUACGCAGUAUCAACACUCCAGCACCCAGAGACGCAUCCGGGUUACCACCAUCGCCCGAAAUUGGGCAGAUGCACAGAGUCAGCUCAGGCACAUCGAAGCAGCGUUUGACCAGGAGGCUGCGGCAGUAUUGAUGGCACGGCUUGGCGUGUUCCGAGCGGAGUCGGAGGAGGGGCCUGAUGUGCUCCGGUGGCUGGACCGACAACUCAUCCGACUGUGUCAGAAGUUUGGCCAGUAUAACAAAGAAGACCCCACUUCUUUUAGGUUAUCAGAUUCCUUUUCCCUGUAUCCUCAGUUCAUGUUCCAUCUUAGAAGAUCUCCGUUCCUUCAAGUGUUCAACAACAGUCCUGAUGAGUCGUCGUACUAUAGGCACCAUUUUGCCCGACAGGAUCUGACCCAGUCCCUUAUCAUGAUCCAGCCCAUUCUUUACUCGUAUUCGUUCCAUGGGCCACCAGAGCCAGUCCUCUUGGACAGCAGCAGCAUCCUAGCUGACAGGAUUUUGCUGAUGGAUACUUUCUUCCAGAUUGUCAUCUAUCUUGGUGAGACCAUAGCCCAGUGGCGUAAAGCCGGGUACCAGGAUAUGCCUGAGUACGAAAACUUCAAGCACCUUCUGCAGGCACCACUGGACGACGCUCAAGAAAUUCUCCAGGCGCGCUUCCCAAUGCCGCGUUACAUUAACACAGAGCAUGGAGGCAGUCAGGCUCGAUUCCUUUUGUCCAAAGUGAACCCAUCUCAGACACACAAUAACCUGUAUGCCUGGGGACAGGAAACUGGAGCACCCAUCCUAACUGACGAUGUUAGCCUGCAGGUGUUCAUGGAUCAUUUGAAGAAACUGGCUGUCUCCAGUGCCUGUUAAGCUGAAGAGGUGGCCAGGAAAUAGAGGCAAACAGCAUCAGAUUGUGUCCACAGUUGUUUAUAAAGGCCUAUAACAUUCCUUUCACUUUUCUGGAAGAUUUUAAUAAAUAAUCAAAGGAAAUUUUAUAUCUAACUCUUUAGAUUGUAAUUUAUUUGUAUUCCUUAUCUGUGCCCCUUUUCUUGCACCAUAAAUGACAAGGUUAUAAAUGCUUUAGAACUUGUAGAUGUUUAUAUGCUUUUUAUAUUCUAACUUUAGAGUCUGUGUAAAAUCAGAGGUAAUGUGUUUUGUCAACUUGCUUAGAUAAAGGUCAUAAAGGAAAUAAGCCUGGAUGAGGAAAGCACUGGAUAAAGUAAUGCUGAUAAUAAUCAAACUUCAUUUCCUGA